UGCCUCUGCAUCGCACCAGGUCAGUAGUAAGCUCUUCCUACCUUUCGAAUUGAAUUUCAACACUAUAGAUUUGAGGAGUGAUUAUGUUCAUUAUCCUGUAAAAUAGGAUGGAUUCGAAUACUUCUUUUGAGUGUCCAGAGACUUCAAAUCACGCAAUAUGCUCUGAACCAUCUAGCAGCAAAAGUCGUCAAAUUUUAGCACUAGAUGAUGAUGAACAUGAUAAAUUUGUUUUAUAUGACAAUGAGGAUGAGAGGUUGUAUCCAGACGUGGUUGAAAGCUAUCCAAUGUUGGCACUAGGUAACAGGCCUGCACAAUUUGCUGACACUGAUGAAGAAGAGGAGGAGGAGAACAAUGACAUGGGGAUGUCUGGGCACGAAGAGGAUGAGGACAGACUGGUCAUUGAAUAUGAUAGGGACAAUCCAUCCUUAGAAGAAGGCGCCAUAUUUCCAUCCAUGGUUGAUUGUCGGAAUGCACUUGCUACUUAUUGCAUUAAGGGUGAAUUUGACUUUGAAAUUGACAAGAGUGAGCCAAGCAAGUUGAGAGUGCAUUGCACAUACGAGAGGUGUAGAUGGAGGAUGCAUGCUUCUUUGAUGAGAAAUAGCACACUUGUUCAAGUCAAAGUGAACCGUUAGCCUCACACUUGUCCAAGUACGGAAAGAAAAGAGACAUUGAAGGUAGCCAAGAGCAGGUGGUGCGCUGAAGUUAUGGCGGAUUGGGUGAGAGAUAACCCAUGUAUUGGUCCAACUGCAUUGAUAAAGAAUAUACAUGAGAAGUAUAGAAUCAAUGUACCUUACAUGAGAGUGUUGUAUGGUAAGGAAAUGGCUCUUGAUAAGAUUUAUGGUCCGUGGAAGGAUAGUUUUAAGUUGAUUUACACAUUCAAAGCUGAAGUGGAGAAAGCAUGUCCAGAAAGUGUUGUAGAGGUUGACAAGCACACGGUGACCUACAAAAUGAGAAAGGAGACGAUGGAGAAGGAAUGCUUUAGAAGGGCUUUUGUUUCAUUUAAGGCAUGUUGGAAGGGCUUUUUAGAUGGUUACAGACCAUAUUUGGCAGUGGAUGCAACUGCAUUGAAUGGAAGGUUUAGAGGGCAGUUAGUAGCUGCUUGUGCAAUUGAUGCACACAACUGGCUUUUUCCAGUAGCUUAUGGUGCGCUAGAGAUUGAAUCAGAAGAGAGCUGGACAUGGUUUCUUCAGAAUCUACUUCAGGUUAUUGGGUUUCCACAUGGACUAGUUAUACACACAGAUGCUUGCAAGGGUUUAGAAACUGCAGUAGAGAAGGUGUUCCCUGGAGUGGAGCAUAGAGAAUGCAUGCGUCACCUAGCUGCAAAUUUUAGCAAGAUCUUUAAAGGCAAGAUAUUUGAUGACAACCUAUGGCCUGCAUCAUUGACAUGCAGCCUCAAGAAGCAUAAUUAUCACUUGAGGCAAUUGCAUGCAGCAAAUCAUCCAAAGGUGAAGAACUGGUUCGAAAAGGGUCAUACAAAGUUAUGGGCAAGAAGCAAAUUCAAUGAAGUAUGCAAGGUAGACUAUGUAAACAAUAAUCUUGCCGAGUCUUUCAAUGCGAAGGUUAGAAAAAUCAAGGGGCUUCAUUUGGUGGAAAUGUUGGACAAGAUUAGACAGAUGAUUAUGGAAAAGUUUGAGUUGCGUUAGAGAAUUGCAGCUGCAAAGUUUGUUGGCCAUAAAAUAAUUCCAUCUGUGAUGAAGAAAUUACUUGCAAAAACUAGAGGUUUGAAGAUGACAAUGAUAAGGCGCGCACCAUUUGAGGCAGAGGUGACAACCAAGGACAGAGAAAAUAGGGAAUGGAGGUACCCUGUAAACUUAGAAAAGAAGACAUGUAGUUGUAGGCAAUGGCAAAUUUCUGGGUUGCCGUGCAUCCAUGCCCUGUUCUUCAUUUCUUCAUUGCGUGGUUCGGCUGCUGAAAUCGACCAAUAUGUGGAUGAGUAUUAUUCUGUCGCUAAGUUUAAUGCAACAUAUGCUGAGAAUGUUCCUUCUAUUGAGUCACAGUAUAAGUGGGACAUCAUUAAUCCAGGAUUCAUUCUCCACGCUCCAUUGCAGACAAGAGCACCAGGAAGGCCAAAGAAGACUAGAAUAAGAUCAAGUGCAGAGGGCACUGGACUUGGCCCUAGGAAGCGAAUAUGUAAAAGAUGUGGAGAAUUAGGACAUUUUGCUAGCAAAUGUAAAAAUGCAGUUGAUCCAUCUUUUGGAGAAGAUCAGCAUUGGGGUGCAGAAAAUGCAGUAGAGCCAGAAAAUGCAGUAGAGCCCUCCAGGAAAAAGAAUGCACCUAAGCAGAGGAAAAAGAAGGAAGGAGAAGACACUAUUGCUAUAGUGCCACUAGCUGAGCCCUCCACUCUUGUUGCACAGCAGAGGAAAAGGAAGAGGGGAAAGGAGGUGGUACGCCCAGCUGAAGACGGGAAAAGCAAGCGUCCUGUCCGAUCAAAGAAGAUGAGGCAAAUUCUGGAUUUGUAAUAUUUCCAUAUUUCUAUGUGUGGUUGAACCCAGAACUAAUUGUAAUAUUUCUAUGUGUGGUUGAACUAUUUGUGGUGCAACAUUAUGUAUGCAUAUUUUGAGCCUAGGACUUGUAAUAAUUUGUAAUAUUUGCGGUUGAUGAUGAAGCAUCGUUGUUUGUCUGGGGCGGAAGAUGGUUGUAGCUGAAACAUGAUGGCUAGCUUGUCUUGAUGACGCAACAGAUUGGUUGUCUGGCGUCAGUUCUUUCUUCGCAAGCAUUUUGAGGAAGAAUUGAUGUAACAUAGGUUUGCAGAAAAGAAAAGGAAAAAGGUUUGAUAA